AAUUUUCAAAACUGAAUGUUGACGUGGCUCAAAGCGUCAGAAUACAUGUAAGGGUACUGCCUUGAAGGUGACUGCAGGUUUUGCACAUUAAGGAUUGUCCACGAGCGGCGAUGCACCCAUGAAAUUCCUGUGUCAAUCGUAACUUCGUGCUUCGAAGGUUCCAUUGGUUCUCAUCUAUUCCGAUGUCGCUUCAGGAUGGCGUGGAUGCAUGCAGUUAUUGUGAGGGAGAGAAAAGCCACAGUGGUCAGUCUUGUGGACUACAGUGAGGAACACCAGAAGGUUCGCCACCGAAAGUCGUCAGCGACGAUGCCUACGACAUUCUUGCCGUGUUUGAUCAGCAAUGUAAACGCUCCUUUCUCACCGCAACCACGCGCGGCCGCAUUUUUCCUCGCCAUCGACACAACCUAACAAGCGGAACUGAUAACCCAAAACACACCUGCAGCUCGUCCGCUGAUCACAGCCCGCACAAGCACAAGAUGGACGUCGAGCUCUAUGUGUACGAUCUCACACGGGGCAUGGCAAAGGCUCUUUCAAGACAAUUUCUUGGCAUACAGAUCGACGCUGUGUAUCACACUGCUCUUGUGUUUGAUCGCAUCGAGUAUUUCUUCGGCCAAGGAGUCCAGACAUGUUACCCUGGCACAACACAUCAUGGCCAGCCCAUGGAGAUUGUGCCUUUGGGCAAGACCGAGCUGCCGCUUGAGACGAUUCUGUACUAUUUGGAGAGUCUGAAGGAGAUUUAUACUGCAGAAAGUUACGAUCUCUUUGCCCACAAUUGCAACAACUUUACGAAUGAUUUCGCCAUGUUUCUGGUCGGGCGCGGCAUCCCUGAACACAUAACAAGCCUUCCCAAAAAGGUGCUCGAAACACCAUUUGGUCAAAUGCUGAAACCACAGAUUGAUGCCAGUAUGAGGUCCAUCACACAGGCUCCAGUGCCACCACAGAACAGGCCACCGGCAACCAACGGACAUAGUGUCCAAUCAACACCAAAAGCACCUAACACUCGGGCAUCACCUGUCAAAGACAGUGCAGUGCCCGCAGACAAUGUUCGAUAUGGGCAAGUGAUCAGCUUGACAGACAAGAAUGCUCUCGACACACACUUGGCAGGCGCCGCGGACUCUUGCAUCACUAUCUUCUUCACAUCGUCGACGUGUGCUCCGUGUCGACUCGCGUAUCCUACAUUUGACAUUCUUGCCGAAGAGUAUCCGCAAGCACUGUUUAUCAAGAUCGACAUCAACUUUGCCCGUGAGCUCGCAGAACGAUACUCAAUACGAGCAACACCGACAUUCAUGACAUUUGGAAAGGGCGGCGUCAAACAGGAGGAGUGGACAGGGGCUGAUCCGAGCCUUCUGAAGGCGAAUGUCGAAGCUCUGAUUCAAAAGACCUUUCCUCCACAUCCGCACCUGACGCUCAGUGUGCCUACCCUGCAGUAUGGCUCGCUGAAACCAUAUGUCUUCAGCAAAGUGCCACCUCUUGACAAGUUGAUGGGUAAACUGGGCUCUGCAGCCAGCCAUCGGGACAUUGUGUCCCUUCGUACAUUUGUGGAGCAAAGAAAUGAGCUACCACAAAAUGCGGCAGUUCCUGAUUUGCACAGUGUGUCGCAGACGUUCGCUACGGAAGUCCUCGCGCUGCCGUUGGAGGUGCGUUUUGCAGCUGUGGACCUUCUCCGCUGUGCGAUGAUCGAUAGUCGAGUCAGCGGCUACUUCGCCGAGGAGAAUCAGCACCGGACAGUCACGACAUUGGUGCAACACAUCAAUCGGCUCGAGGGUUGCCCGCACAAUCUUCGACUAGUCACCAUUCACCUAGCCUGCAACACGUUCUCGUCUCCGUUGUUCGUCAAAGAGCUGAUGAUCAGCGGAGAUACGACCAUAUCUGACUUGAUACAGCUCAUCUCAUCAUCGUUACUGGACGCGUCGCAUCCGACGACGAGAGUAGCUGCAGGGAGUCUAGCCUUCAAUCUCGCCGUGUCAAAUUAUCGGAUCAGGAGGGAGCAGCAAGAAGAGGCUCUGGCAGGCGGCGAGCAAGUCGAAUUGGCUGCAUCAAUACUGGAGACACUCGUCGAUGAGAAAAGCGAUGACGCGUCCAAGGUGUUGUUGCUCGCUCUGGGAUAUUUGGUCUAUUGCGCGCCAGAAGACGGCGACUUGGCAGACUUGUGCAAGGCGAUGGGAGCGAAGAAAACAGUAAGAAGUGUAAAAUCGCACGAGAAGCUUGCGCAGGAGGUAGCCAGUUUGAUCUGGUAGGAAUAGAAAUAGAUUAAAGAGGGGAUAGAUGUACACACAGUCUACUGCCAGAAAGCGAACUGGAAACCAUGGCCAAAAAUGCGUACCUCUCCCAUCCUUCGCCACUCAUAUGUCUGUUUUCUGAAGCAUGCUCAAGGCACUAUGUCUCGUGUAGCGAGUUAGGCGCGUCACGGGGCUGCGACGAGAGCAACAUUUGUCGUU